CGGCAAGACAGACCUGCACGGGUUGCAUGAUUGAGGCCAAUAGUCAGUCGCAUAGAUCAGGACAUUAUACCAAAUACGAAAGCCGAUUGAUUGCCUAUAGCGGAAAUAAUAUAGUAAGAACGCAUUCGAUUAUUAAAUCCUUGGAAAUCGGGCACCUUGAGGACGUGGAAUGAUGAAUUACAUCAUUUUGGCGACCGUUUUUUCCAUGGUUUUCGCCGAAAAGUCCCCUCGGCUGAAAUUCAUUGUAAAAGGUAUGUGCUAAUUUAGCUAUUGGCGUUUAGGAUGGUCAGAUCCGCCCUGUCUGUGUACUAGGCUAUAUGCGAGGACCUUGUUUUUUCCUCCAUGGAAAUAGUUAGAUUAACGAAUGAACACUACACUGUAGUCUACUUGAAGAUCAAAGUAGUGGAUCACUUUCCUCAUCGCGCUUUUAUACAAGCAUGACAUCAUGCAUGAUUCAAGGUGGACAAUCAUGUAAAAUGUUCCACAAAACAGGCUAUACCAAAAAAAUAGAAAUGUAGCCUAAUAAUGAUACUAGGCUAUAUUAAAUUGACAGAAUGAUUGGCAUUGUGUCAAUGAGAACGGAUCUCAGAGAAACACAAAUAAUGUGAUGAGAGAAAACACUUUGGACUAGCUAUAAUUGUAUAAUUUGAAUAGCCUAUUUGUCAAAUUAUUUAUGCGUCCCACUUCUCAUCUAAAUGAAAUAAAUUAAGCAAUUUGUAUUAGAUUACAUGGAAGAAAGUAAGCACUGUGUAUUAGAUUAAAUGGAAGAAAUUAAGCACGGUGUAUUAGAUUAUAUUAAUCUUCAUGUAGGCUAAUUUAGGCCCAUUGGCCUAUUCCAUUGUAAUGAAAUGUAAGGGACAGAAGUGUUCAUACGUUUGGAACAGGUUUAUGGCAUCGGGAACGGUGGAAUUAUUCAGAACCAAUUGUGUUUUGCAAGAAGCUGGCUUAAUUAAGAUAGCCUAUUAUUACUAUUUAGGUGUUGAUUAUUCGGCUAGCCUGUCCUAUACAAUAGUGACCCACUCCUACGAAGACAUCUAAUCUUGAAUUCAGAGCACACCUCAGCAUGCCAAUGCAGAGGCUGUAUGUUAAAGGCCCAGUGCAGUCAAACGUGUUUUUCCUGUGUUUUAUAUAUAUUACCACACUAUGAGGUUGGAAUAAUACUGUGAAAUUGUAAAAAAAGGUUGAUAAUGCCCCUUUAGUGUAAGACCUGUUUAAAAAGACCGCCUGAAAUGUCUCCCUGUUUUGGUGGGAUGGAAUUUUAGGUGACAUCACCAGGCAGUAAAUUCGGCUGCAUUGGUCCUUUAAGUGUUUUGAUAGGCUCGCGGUUUUGCAAGUUUUGGCGUUUCUGUCAUUGAUAACUCACGUGUGAGGUUCAACCUAGGGCAGUGGGUAGACGUUUGCCAGUUAGUUGUCAUGGAAACGCUGUCCUGGUGUUGUUUACCAAUCAGACAGCUGUUAUUUGUGAUCAAUGUCCGGAUAUUCCUUCUGAUCAGCACCUCCUUCACUCUUCAAGACAGAAUAUAAGGCUAAAUGAUAUGUGCUAAUUAAAAAGAGUGAUGAGGAGCUCUAGAUAUCAUGUCAUUUAGUUUACUCAAGGAUACAAUGUCAAUGAACUUAUUACAAAACCACUACAUUACUGUUGAAACCCAUCAUUAUGGUGAAUACUUAGCUAGCGCUGCAGAACUGCAAUGCAGGUGCACGAGCUGACGGGUAGAUGGUACUGCAGUAGCUGAGGCUUGUUGAGCAUAGAGCAGCAGCAUUAGCUCCAGGGCCUCAUUAACACACGCGAACACAAGCACGCGUGCACGCACGCACACACACACACACACACACAUCCACACAGCCCAAUUAAUAUUUAUGGAAAUUCCGCGCAGCAAACUAACAAUUAUAUUUUCAAACUCACGCCCUCACACCUUGCACAGUGGUCUAAUAUAUUCACAAUCAAUAGAAACAGGGCUAUCAAGUUAAGAUGCACCAACAGGUGUAAAGGACUGUAUUCCUCUUGGCAGAUCAGCAGUCAAAUACAGACAAGAACAUGGCCUAUGUGUUUGACAUAUCAGUCAAACGUAUGUUAUACAAAGGCCUACCAACCCUAUAAAGGGAUGUCAUAUUAACGACAUUCAGUCCUAGUGUACCCGAUAGAGACAGACAUGUCAAAACAGAAAGAUAAAAUCGAUGAAAGCAUUAUGUUCCUGGAGGUUGAAAUGACUGGUGACUGAAGCCUGGAUAAGAGCGUCUGCUAAAUGACGUAAAUGUAAAUGUAAAAUGAAGUCUAGUUCAGCACCUUGGACAGCGCCAUUUGCCGGCUCUUUUGUCGGCCGAUUAAGGAACUAGUGGUCUACUUUCCUGAAGCGUCGAGAACGUCAGUCUGCCACUGAAUUGGAGUGUCGGAUUUGCAUGUGCCUGUAGGAAUAGGAGUCCCAUGGGUAAAUCGUCCUUAACCAUGGCAACCAAUUCAAUUUCAGUACAGACUCUCUCUUUCUCUCUCUCUGAACUCUACAGCUUUAGCUUCAUAUCAUGUAAAACUAAAAUGACUUGGGCCAAAAGGUAGACUGGUGGCUUCUUUUUUUAUUUCAGACCAUCACAUGACCACACCACAGAGCUCAAUUAAUACAUUCUUGUUAAAUCAAAUUAAUGAACUGAAAAUGAUUGGGCAAUUACAUGUUCAAUUGACUCAACUUGAAACCCCCAACAACACUGAUCUACUGGUAUAUCAUAUAAAGACAUUGUAACAACAUCUUCUCCUAAUCUACUUUGAUAUGGCCCACAGAGCCGGCCAGGUACCACUUCUCGAAACCGGAGAACUACAUGUCAGUGUACCACCAGGAGGGCACCAACGUGCUGUACGUGGGGGGCCAGACAGUGAUCUACGUGCUGACGUUCACUGACAGGGGGGUCCGCGACCUGAAGGUGAGUUGCUGGUGACCAUAGAGACAAACAGAGAUACUCUGGGGGUGGUGACACAGUAACCCAAUGCAGGCACAGGAGACUGGCUUAAAGAGGAGGCAGCAGCUGUCAACCUAGUUCAACAGCCUCCAUGGCAGGAGAUGGUUCAUGCAUACAUUUAUAGAGCAGAUCUCAUCUCUGUCCAAUUGGAAGGAAGUGAUUAUAUAGUGUGGGCUUAUGAGGUCAACAUACAAUAAAGAUACACUGAGCUAAUAAUGUCAACGUUAACUCGACAAACAUGAGCAGAAGGUAGCCUAUCAUUUGUGUGUUGUGACUAUUCUGAUUGUCUGUUACCUAUAAUUACCCUAUGUUGAUCAAAUAUUAGAGACAGUAAAGUAAUCCUCCCUUUGUUAGUUUAUGGCACAGGACCUGACUUACUUCAUUUUCCAUCAGCAUUGAAUUUGAUUGCAGUCGAUUGCAUAUUUGAAAAGGCCUAACAUUUGCAUAUGAGAUAGGGAUAAAUUGUAUGACAUACUGGAAUGUAUCUUAUAUUAUUACAGAUCCGUGUGGUAACUGAUGAAAACGCAAAGGCAGCUUGCAUUGCCAAAUCAGACCCACCAAAGGUAGGUGGUCAUCACCAUCAUCAUCAUCAUCAUCAUCAUCAUCAUCAUCAUCAUCAUCAUCAUCAUCAUCAUCAUCAUCAUCAUCAUCAUCAUCAUCACUUGAGCAAGGCACUUAACCCUAAUUGCUGCUGUAAGUCGCUCUGGAUAAGAGCGUCUGCUAAAUGACUUAUUUAUUAAUCAUCAUCGCCACCAUCGUCAUCAUCAUCGUCAUCAUCAUCACCAUCAUCAAUAGCAAUUUUCGUCAUCAUUAUCAUUAUCAUCACAGUGAGGUAGGUUUGUUGCUACUGUAAGAAUAUGAAUAAAAAGAGACAUAACAUCAACAUGAUAUCAUCCCCAGUAGAAACUGUCCCAAAAGUUAAAGUUUGGGACAGUGGAACGGUACGAUGCUGUAUUUGGUAUUCAGGCACAAACUCCUCUGGAAGUUUCUCUUGAGAUAAAAGUUCAGCUACUGUACUUAAUUAAUAAGUGAUGCAAUGCAUAUGGAGUUAUGCAGACAAUGCAUUCCCUCAGUACUGCAGAGGUAAAUCUUGUGCUAUCUGCCAAAUUAGGGAAAAUGGAUCAGUUCCAAUAUCUCCUCCCUCUCUGGAAACUGAAUGCUCUCUCUCUCUCUCUCUCUCUCUCUCUCUCUCUCUCUCUCUCUCUCUCUCUCUCUCUCUCUCUCUCUCUCUCUCUACUACAGUUGGAGUGCGACAAUUUCAUCACAGUCAUUCAGAAAGUCAAUGACACUUUUGUGGUGUGCGGGACAAAUGCAGGAACCCCCAAAUGCUGGCUGCUGGUAAGAUGACAUGAUGAUGAAUAGAAUAGCUAUUGUCUUCAACAUGUGUUUAGUGUUCUCACAAUGGUCACACUUUCAUCUUACUUUACUCCUGUAUCACUUAAAUAAAAGUUGGUAAUAGUGUUCAAUAAAAAACUGAAAGCAUAUAUCUCCAGGUUUGUGUCUAUUUGUACUGUAUACAAGGAGGUAAGAGCAUUCAGGAUCUGGCUUGUGAGGUUGUGAUGUCAUUUCCUCUCCAUAGGUAAAUGACACUGUGCUGACUGACGCCCCCACCAAUGGACAGAUGGCACCAGCCUCUGACAUCUCCCCUCCCUACCCCUCCCAGAGGUCCGUCAGUCUGUCUGCAGGUAUGAUGCGAGGACAGACAGACACUCCAGCCAAACAGCCAUAGAAACACUGCUAUUGUAGAAACACUGCUAUUGUAGAAACACUGCUAUUGGCACAAUACCAAACCGAUCCCUCACCCCUAUUUCUACACCCUUGUUAACUCCUCCCUGUGGCUCUGACAGGAUAGGAUAAGUAUCAGUAUUGUGGGGAGAGCUCCGUCCAGCCAUUAUGUUCACAACUAUACAGACCAAUCAGAUCCGCAACAUUGGCUUUGGUAUGGGUUAAGAGAUCUGUUUAAAAUGGUACCAUAGUAAAUGGUAAAUGUAAAUGUAAUAGUAGCAAAGCUGUAACUCACAGUAUUAUCGGAAUCAUGACAAGGUUACUUUGUAUAGCAGGUUCUGUGAUAGCGCAGACCAGGCUGGACUGGAGUGAUGAACCAAUGAGCCAUUUGCUAGAGUGGUGCAGCGUUCUGAUAACGUUCAGUUCUCAUUGAACCAUUCAUGUCAGGAUUCCAAAUAACCUCCGUUAUCACUAUGGAGACAGUGCCCUAAGUGGGGUAAUUGUAAUAUGGUUAUGAGAGGAUGUUGAUUGGUGCAGUCAGCUGUCUUCUGUUGAUUUCUUUUUGAUCUCUCCCUCUACCUUCUGUUUGUCUCUCUCCCUCUCUCCUCUUUAACUCUCUCUCUAUCUUUACCUCCCCCCCUCUCUCACUCUCAGAUGGGAAUCUAUACUCUGCUCUUUCAGCAGUGGGGCGUCACCCUGGCUCUAUCCGCCGGACCUAUGGCACUCAGAAACUCCUGAAGACUGAGAACAAGUGGCUGCAGAGUGAGUGGGAUGAGAGCAACAUGGGACUAUAUGGGUGUAGGAGAGCUGCAUGAGGCACUGGAGUGGAUGAGCAUGGAAAUAGCAACUCUAUUUUAUCUUAUAUCUUAUAUAUUGUAACUGUAACAUGCUGCAUGCAGAAAUGUAAUCACUAUGAAUUCUUCCAUUUUAAAGAACAUAAGUUAAAUGCACAGUUGUGAUAAAAAAUUGUAUGACUAACUCCCAGUAUUAUGUACUGGAAGUCUUUAUUAGCCUAUAAAACUUCCAUGCAAACACUUUUAUAAAAAAUAAAGAAAUACAAUAUGCAUUAGGAGUUUGAAAAGGGGUUGAGUUGGCCUGGUGCUCAAAUGUUCUACUGCCUGGUUGAGUAUUAGCUCUUAUAGAAUAGUGGCUGUUAAAUAGUGAUGAGUACCAGCACGUAAAUAUAAAGAGUAACGGCACCAGAAAUGAGUACCGGCACCUAUUUCAGUCCACUUCAAGCACUGGUGGCAGUCCUUCCUCUCUCCUGCUGCAGGUCCCCAGUUUGGUGGAGCAGCAGUAAUGCCAACCUCUCAGAAACACAAGGAGGAGAUCUACUUCUUCUUCAGUGAGUUCAACAAGACGGCCAUGGUGGACGAGGAGCCCUACAGGUCGCGCAUCGGACGAAUCUGCAUGGUAACCACAACAACAUCACCUUAUAACUCCCGAGUGGCGCAGUGGUCUAAGGCACUGCAUCGCAGUGCUAGCUGUGCCACUAGAGAUCCUGGUUCGAAUCCAGGCUCUGUCGUAGCCGGCCGCGACCGGGAGACCCAUGGGGCGGCGCACAAUUGGCCCAGCGUCGUCCAGGGUAGGGGAGGGAAUGGCCGGCAGGGAUGUAGCUCAGUUGGUAGAGCAUGGCGUUUGCAAUGCCAGGGUUGUGGGUUCGAUUCCCACGGGGGGCCAGUAUUAAAAUGUAUGCACUCACUAACUGUAAGUCGCUCUGGAUAAGAGCGUCUGCUAAAUGACUAAAAUGUAAAAAUGUUAUAAUAGCUGUAUUACAGCGUUAUUGCCUAUUAAAACUGAGCUCUGCGAAAGGUGAAACAGCACCACUGGUCACCCCAGGCGCAUUAUUAUUAUUAUUAAAAUACAAAUUGAAACGGAGGAGAUGGGCAUCCAGCCUCGUGGUAAAAAAAAUCAAGAGUUGAUAGAGGGAUUAUGAUUAUGACUAAAAUUGUUAACCCCAAUACUGAUGAUGACUGUGUGAACCGUGCACGGGCGGAUGAUAACAUCCGUAUAGAAUAGACCUGGCCUUUGACGUUAAGGUUAUAAACAGGCCGGUGAUGAACCUUAUGAAUGAUAAAGACGUUGACGAGAUCUGAAAAAGCAUUUAAAUCCCAACUGCAAGGAGGAGGUCAGUAAUUUUUAUUCAUGGAUUUUGGUGAAAUGAUUUGAACUUGUAUAAGAAUAGUAAUUAUUGUGAAGGGCAGAGAAUAAUUACCAAAAUCUCAUAAGACUUGCCAUAUUCUAGAGUGGUAAAGCACAGUAACUUAAAGGAAGGAUGGGGGUCUGAAAUGACUCAAGGUAAUAGGCCAUUACCAAAAUAAACUAGUUAAUAUUGAGAUUGUACUGGGUACAGUGUUUAUAAUAUAAACAGGAAGGGAGAUAAUUAUCAUUGUGUGAGAUAGAUACAUUUCGAGAGUCAAGUCAAGAGUCAUAAACAACUGGGGAUUUGCUCUAACUCUGUCUGUUUCAUGAAACUAGAGCUUUACGACCUCUGGGUUACGGAUAGUGUUAGCAAAAAAUCAUACAAGGUUGUAUACGUGUGAGACCUAAUGAUCCAUCGAAAUACGCGAUAAUUGUUUCAAGGAAGGGACUAAAAUAGGUCGCGUGAGAAAAAAUGGUUGUCCCAUCUGUUUCAUGAAACUGGGGUCUUAAAACACUCUGGGUUACGGGUUGAAUAAUUUAAAUUGUUGAUUACAAAAGCAGAUCAUAACAUUUGCUCAAAAGUCGCACCUAAUAAUAAGUCCCAAAGAAAAUAAUUAUUGAUUGAAUUAUUACUAACUGAUAAGAGAAACGGGGGGAUUUCUUAUUUUUCUACCAUGGGAAAUAAAUAUUCUAAAGAGGUCUAAGGAUUAACGGAGGAAGAUAAGAUAUAUGUUAGGAAGAGAUCAAAGGAAUAUUUAUUAUGGAUCCAUUUGGGAGAAGAGGUAUGGAUUUAUUGGGCAUCUUGAUGUAGAGAAAUUAGAGGCUAUGAUUAGACAGAUGCAUGUAAACUGUGGAACGGAUUUGAAGAAACAGCGACGGGAGGGGCUAGAGACAGCAAGAGUAUGGCUUUUGGAGGCUCGAAAGAGAGAGGAAGGACAGAGAAGGAAAAAGGGAGUUAUGCAGAGAGAAAAUGAAGUAAAAGUUGAAGUUUCAGUGCCUCCCCCAGAGCAGAGGGCAGAAAGGUUAUAAACACAGAGAGUUGAAGAGAUUAGAGAGCUAUAAUAAGUCAGGGAGGCAGAAUAGGGGAGGAGAUAAGAGGAAGUGCUUUAACUGUAACAAGGAAGGUCAUUUUGCAAGAGAGUGUGGGGCCCCGUGUAAAUACUGUAACAAAACAGGUCAUAACCAUCGCGACUGCAGAGAUAAAGGAAAGGGCAGUGUCCGGGAAAUGACAGUCUAUUUUUUUGGUUCCACGGGUAAAAAGUUUGAAGAAGUGAUUUGUGUCGAUUAAGAAUUGGCUAAAAACACCACAAAGGGAUUAUUUGGGAGGUAUCAAUAAAUUUCUAACGAUAUAUACGUAUGAACUUGCUCACCCAAACGUAGACGUACGUCAUGGAUGAGAAAGUAGAGAAUAUGAGUUUAAGGUUGUACCGUUGUUGGAUCAUGUGAUAAGGUUUAAUGGGUAAUCGGACCAUAACUAAUGUGCUUAUAGACGUAAUGUAUAAUAUAGUAGAAAGCCAAUAUAGUUCAACUAUUAUGGUUUAUUUGUCAUUUCAAUGGCAUAAGGUGAAAUCUGUAUUUAUGAGUGUAAUUCAACGGCUGGUAUGGGUGGUAACCGGAUACUACUGAGUAUUUGGUUUGGUGAUGUUGAAUGGAAGAUUUGUAGCGUGGUUUGGGUUAAAUAGAAAGGCUCACUUAUUCAACAGGAAUAGGUGCGGGGAGAGAGUUUUUGUGUUGCCGAAUGAGGUGAGAGUUAAAAACUACUGAGAAUAGAGAAGUAUUAUGGACAUACCAUCGUAAUAAAUAAACUGAACCAAACAUGACGUUACUACAGCAAUAGAGGAUGGUUAAUGUUGUUACGUUAGUUUUUAAACCCGAUGAUAGAGGUAAAUGCAGAACGCUGUUUGAGAGUGUGUUUUAUUUUUGCUACUAGGGGAUUUAGUGUUUGGGAUGAAAGGGCUGGCUAGUUGGGAGUGAUGAUGUGGCUGGCUGUGCGACAUGGAAGUGGUUGUUUGGCGUGCUUUGAAAGGAUUGCGGAUUUUGUGGAGUGACUGACAAUGUAUGUAGAGGGUCCCUGGUUCGAACCCAGGUAGGGACAGUGGGUAAAGCUUUCGCAUUGGGGCUAUGGACCUAGAUUACUAGGUGGAUUGAGAAAUGUGAAAGGUUGAAUAAGAUAGCUUAAGUAGAUGAAUAUUCUAGAAAGGUCUAUGAAAAUAUGUUAUUAAGUAAUAAUGGGUUGUGGUUACAAGUACUAAUGACAUGAUUUUGUAAGAAGGAAGCUGAUUAGGGCAGGUCCCCGCGCCUCCCCCGUGGGGGGAGGGGUGAGAGACAGUACAUAGUUCAAAUGAUAGGAAAAUAAUUUAUGGUUCUAGUUCGCGGGUAAAAGAGUUGUACUUGCUUGACUGUAUCGAGCAGAAGUUUGAAUAGUUGAAUGAAAAGCAUUUCUUUGACAAAUUCUAAUGGUUAUUACUUUAUUGUAUAGGUUGGGUAACACCAGUGGUGUAUGAAAAUAAUUGGUGAUUUCUAAAACGAUAAUCUGUUUAUAGUACGUUGAACAAUGGGAUAUAGUUGUGACUAUUAGGAUGAUGAAUUGAAUAAACAUUGGUUAUAAGUAUGAAGUUAUUAAACAAUAGGUUUUUAUUUUAAAAACAUAAAUGCAACAGGUUGCGAUUAUUAAAUUAAUAGAAAGGGGUUAUAGGUUUAUAUUAGAAGGUGUAGUGAACUUAAUGAAACGUGGUAUUAUAUAGUGUCUUCCAGGAUUGAUGGAAGUCUCCUAUAGCAUUAUGUUAAGGUGAUGCCUGGGAUAAAAUAUAAUGUCUUACUUACACAGAGUAUGUGAUUGUAUUGGCUAAUGAAUGAAAUAUGAAAUUUACAGUGGCGACGGGAACAAUAGAAGGGGAGACAGAUUUUCCUAUGAUGUUGAUCAAAUAAUUGAUAAUGGAUCAUUUGAGAUGAGAUCACAUGGAGCAGAUUUAGGGGUUCAAUAAUCAUUGUGAGAUUUAAAGAGGAUAUGAUCUGAAGGGUAAUCAAUUAAACAUAAUCAUUGUAUACUCGAGGAAUUUUGAGUGGUUUUAUGGAUUAGUUAUGAGGAAUUAGAUUGAUACAAAUGAUUAUUGAUGAGUUAGGACUGGGGAAAUCUGUAUCAUAUGUUGUGUGUACUUACCAUCUUUAGAUUACUGGUGGUAAUUGAAGGUUAACAAAAUGUAUAAAUCCUCUUCCAGGAGAAAGAGAUUAGCUUAUCUCAUUGGAAUGUUGCCCAGGGCUAGGGGGAGCAGUUUAGUGGAGUUAGGCAGUAUUUAGGCCGUAAAAGUGAGCUACCAAAUUAAGUGGGGCCUGGCUAUUUUUGGUUGUUGUUUUUCAAUUGGGUUUAUCAAAUAAAAAAACAACACACCUAGUAUGAUGUUUAUAAAGGGUUGUUAUUUUGAUUUUAGGGGGUUUUCAACAGUUCAAAGGUGAUAAGUCUUAAAGGAGCACACACAGUGAAUUUUAUGGAGUUUUUCGGUUUUGACUGAGUUUAGGGUAUACAUGAUUUCUUAUGAGAAUAAAUGUCAUGAGGACUUAAUGAACACUUGGGAUAAGUAACAUUUAUGAAAUAUUUAGGAUGAUGGUAAGAGAAUUUAUUGGUAUAUUUGCAGAUUGUAGCAAGAUAAUGAGCAGUAGUAAUUAAUGUGUUAUGGGUUGGAUUAAAUGUUUUAGAGGUGUGUAAGUGAAGUGGGAAUCCAUGGCUGUCCUACGGCUGUCCUACGUUAUCAGUGAAUGAAAGCAGAAGGGAGCCUUUUGCUUCUCUCCUCAAACAGAGAGGAAAAAGCUGCCAGGGUUUAGCAGAGUUCAGGCAAAACCUUUGUCUCUCCUUUGCUAUCUUCUUGAUUGAUUACAGCAUGAAGGGGGGUUUGUGUUAGGUUUAAAAGAUUUAAGUAUGGACCUGUCAUGUCCAACCAUCAGUCUUCAGGUCAAGGCCGGGAGAGCCGGGGUAGAACAGAGUUUGAACUAAACAUGAGUGUUUUUACAAGAUAAGGGAUUUAUUGAUCGGAUUACUAUUGCCAAUUUGUAAGUCGCUCUGGAUAAGAGCGUCUGCUAAAUGACGUAAAUGUAAAUGUAAAUGUAUUGAUUCUGAACUGAAUGAAAGUCGAAUUUAGCCGCCAUAAUAGACGAAGGAAGUGGGAGAAGCAAUAAAGAAGGAACAGUCUCAAAAAUAAAUAAGGGAUGGCAAUUGGAUGAUAAAUUACCAAUAUUACCUAAGUGAUUGUUUAGGUAGGUGGUAAUAUUGACACAUGGGCAGAGAUUUGUGUCAAGAGGGGGGAUGAUAGUAGAUGGUAGGAUUAAAGAAUAAAUAUACGAAGGAUGGGACAAAAUACUUUAAAAAACAUUUUUUUAGAUACAGUCUAGAAAGAGAAUACUGAUGUGAAUUGUAUGAUUAGAGAGGGGUUAAGGAAAACACACAGGAGAGCAGGAAGAAAUGGGGUACAAGGUCUACCGAUAGUAUUAAUGACGAUCAGGAGAACUCCAGAUAAAGAAGGGUUAUUGCCAUUGGAGAAGGGAUUUGGUAGACCAUACAGAAUGCCCGAGUUAGGAGGACUGGAGCAGUCAGAAAUAGAAAUUGAGAGCACCCUAGCAGAACACGUGAGAAGGUAGUUUAUUAACCACACCCGUAUGUCAGAGGUUUUGUGCCCCACAGGUGAACUAAAGGAGAAGGUGACCCACUCUAUCUAACCAGGUGACUGGUGAGCAUCCAGUCCCUAAAUAAGAAAGACUGGAAGCAGGCCUGUUGGGAAGGGCCCUAUCAGGUUAUAUUGGUCACUGCCUUUGCCAUUAGAAUAGCAGAAAGAGCAACCUGGGUCCACGUUACCCACUGCAAAAAGGUAAGAACACAUACAAGCACCACUGAACACACGCAGAGUUAGAGAGAAGAACUGGACCAAUAGGAUCUGGGGAUCACCUCUGUUAACGAAGAUCUCCUACCCCGACCUAUCAUCACUGUAGUGUGUUCUCAGGGUGUGAGUAUGGGGUAGUACCAAGCAGAAAGACUGAGGACAGGAGAGGGUUGGCGGUUUUUGGGAAUAUGGGUGACUUGAGCUGCAUCAUAGUCUCGGCAAUGGUCUUGAUAUGUCAAGAUCCAGCACCAAUUACGCUAUGCCCUUACCAUUGUUAAGAAGUAAAAGAGAAGAGAAGCGACCCGACAUACUGACCGUCAAGGACGAGUGGCCUACAAAAUGGGAGUCAGAGAAGGGCAGACUGUAGGAUUCAAAAUAAGGGUUAGGGACGUAGCCAACGGGUGGGGUACAUGUCAAUAAGAAAAUCCCAUUAUAUUCGUGUUCGGCCCCCACGGCGGAUUGUUCCUAGACUCAAGUGUUUAAACACACUUGGGGACGGGGAUAUGAGACCGGGGGGGGGGGACUGGACAUCCAGAUGGGGGGGUAAAGAGAAACAAAGACAUCAGCAAUUAUCAAUUGGAGAUAGUAGUAAUGUGACUGACUUAAGUUCGGAAGCACAGGAGAGAAUUCUAAACCUUACAGCCCCUGUAACCGAUGUGUGGUGGGCGUGUGCCAGUAAAGGCAGUAUAAGGCGGAGAAUACCAAAAGGGUGGCUAGGUACGUGCGCCCUGGUUCUACUGAUUCAGCUAGUUAUAAUUAGUCACCAGGAACCAAGGAAAGGGUUAAACAGACGUAGGAGGAGUUUUAACAAGAAGGAGAAUAGCCCUAUUUAGAUGGAUGCGAUUGGGAUACCAAGGGGGGUAUCGGAUGGAUACCAAGCUAUGAAACAAUUAGGGGAAGGGUUUACUACCACGUUAUUUUGGUGGGUGACAAUAAACAAAAUUGUGGAUUGGAUUAAUUAUAUCUAUUACGACCAACAACGAUUUAUUGGCCAGACUAGGGAUGCAGUAAAAGGGAUCUCUGAACAAUUAUCCGCCAUCUCACUCAUGACUUAGGAAAAGAGGUUGGCUCUAGAUCAGGCAGAAAGGGGCAGUGUCUAUAGAAUGGUAAGCCAUUGUUGCACAUUUAUCCCUAACAACACCACACCGGAUGGGACGGUCAGCAGAGCUCUUGCAGAAUUAACUGCUCUAAGUGAAGAAUGGGCUUAGAACUCAGGAGUUAGUACAUCUUGGAUAGGGUGGUUUGAUUAAAUGUUUGGUAAAUGGAAAACCAUAGCAGCCACCAUCUUGGGGGCAGCCAGCGUUUAUAUGGGUAUUCUUGUAUUAUGUGGUUGUUGUCUUGUUCCCUGUGUCCGAGGGUUGGUGAGUAAGGUGUUGGAGAUUGCAGUGUCUCAACCGAUGGAAUGUGAAAAACGAUCCUCCAGGCUUGGUGGAUGACGAGGACUUUGACCCUGAAAGACCGCAAUUGGAUGAAACGUUUAUUAGUUCUGACAUAUGAAGAUCAGAUUGAUCAUGCUUGUAAAUACAUUUAUCCUAAGGGUGUGAAAAUUUAGUCAAAGGGUGGAUUGAUAGAGGGAUUAUGAAUAUGACUAAAAUUGUUAACCCCAAUACUGAUGAUGACUGUGUGAACUGUGUUAGGGUUAUCAUUAUAAACCCACUAACAGAGGGGGUGAGUUAGAAACUGCUGAGACAAACAUUCCAGGAUGAAGGGGACUGAGAAACUGGUUAAAGGCUGCCUAAAGGUGGGCGGAGCAAAGUGCCUUUGUGUGAAGUGGUAUAAAAGCUGUAUAUGUGUUUUUUGGCGGCAGAGGUCUCCAUGAUUAAACAUACAGAUCAUUCUUGCCGGUUGUGCCGGUUGUGGACCUUAAUUCAUGGUUAAACCAGAGCCUUACACCCUCUGGGAAUUAUUCAGAGCAUUAAGUUUGAUUAGAGAGAGAGAGAGAAAUUCUCGUGACAAGAGUACAUACACUUCUGUUCUAUCGCACGUGCAAUGACGUCAGAGGGGAAAAAAACAGGGUUUGUUUUUUGAAGUAACGUCUUUGCUGUUGUAAUAUCGCAAACGAACCUGGCAGUUUCACCGCUAAGGAUUCCAGCUUUAAUGUUAUGGUGUACUGUUGUAUACUGUGUGUCCGUCUCCAGGUCGACGAGGGGGGCAUAAAGAACCUGCUGGCGGACUCGUGGACUACCUUCCUGAAGGCCAGGGUGAUGUGUGGUGCGGGUAGCACCCCCCAGCAGUACAACAACAUCAGACAGGCAUUUGUGCUGUCUGACGUGGCCCACGAGAAGAGGACCGGGGUCAUGUACGGCCUGUUUGCCAACGCCUGGUGAGUAGACACCUUACACCUCCAACACCCUCCAACCCAUAUGGCUGCUUAAGACUGUGUCAUGCUUAAAAUGCAGGAGAGGAAUGAGCAGCACAGACAACAUAAUCAGAGGAAAGUAGGAAUUGUGCACAGCACAUCCAAAUGGGGCACAGGAGCUGGAUAGAAGUGUAUAGCAAUGAAAACUUGGGAGCAGCAAGUUCUAUGUUUCAUUGAGGAAAAUACAUGUAUUUUUAAUUUUUUUAUUUCACCUUUAUUUAACCAGGUAAGCCAGUUGAGAACAAGUUCUCAUUUACAACUGCGACCUGGCCAAGAUAAAGCAAAGCAGUGCGAUAAAAACAACAACAACACAGAGUUACAUAUGGGAUAAACAAAACGAUGAUUCUAUUUGAAGUGGGCUAUGCUCUGUGGAGGUGGCCAAUUACUUUUGAGCUUGAGUGCUUUUAUUAACAUAUUUAAGCAGCCUUAAAUCCUCUUAAGUCCUUUUAGAGAGUCAUAGUAAUAUGAUUCUACUCAGCUAUCAGUCUGUGAUUGAGUUGCUAACAACAUUCUGAUUCACGUUUGAAUAAAGUAAGAAGAAGGAAGGAAGGCUUGUAUGCCUAUUAAGUGUUGUAUUGUUUGGUUGACCAGGGACACGACAGUGAUAUGUGCUUACUCCAUCGAGGACAUUGACCAGGCCUUCGCCACGUCCAAACUGAAGGGCUACAGCAGUCCUCUGAUUGGACAUCGCCCUGGCACAGUAAGACACCCACUGAAUCAGUUAAAGUAACUUUCUUUUAAUUAACUUUUUGUAGUGCCAAUCAAAGUCAUUUUGCAAAGGCCAAUUGCAUAAGCUCAUGUAUGUGAGUCCGUCAAUUUUGGGGAAGUGGAAGACUUGUGUUUCUAUUUUGGAACAGUUGCAGAUGACAGACACUGAUUGUGAAAUUAUUGUGCAAGGCAAAGCCACAGUCUAAGUCUGUGUCUCCUUCCUGAUUACAUCACUUUCAUUACAUCACAUCCUGUCCCAGUGUGCCUUCAAGAACUCCACGGCAGCCCACAACCCUAAGACCCUGGGGGUGAUCAGGGACCACCCGGAGAUCGAGGACGUGAUUCGUCCGGUCGGGGGGGCUCCACUGAACCUGCCUACCGACGAUCACUUCACACACACUGUCGCUGCCAUGGUGCUGGCGGUCAACGACGAGCACUAUAGUGUGCUGUACCUGGGAACAGGUGUGUGUGUGUGUGUUUUGUUUUUUUGCUGUCAAGCUGUAUCUCAUGUACAGACGUUUGGUGUAACCUAUUUAAAAGUUAUUUUUAGAAGACAUAGUCUCCUUGACAAAGUAAAUUAAAAAGUUGUUUGCUCAACGCAGGCAUGAGUUGGGGCUUAAUAUAAGAGUGCAUUUUUGGCAUGAAUCCCAGCUAAAUGGCUACAGCCUAAUCAACGUGCUCUGAUAAAGAAGACAGUCACUACCACAGGGAAAGUAGUGAUAGAGCUGUGAACAGAGCCAUGGGUCUCUGAGGUGGCCUAAUAAGAAACUAGAGCAGUUAGUCUUCUGUGGGAAGUAAUAGCCUCUCAAUCUGGGGAGGAGAUAAGAGAGGACAAGCUGUAGGACAGGCCUGCUCUUCUCUGUAAGUCACCCACUGAUGAAUUGACCAGUAGAGAAAAAAGGCAGCCUGUGCUAUUAUAAACCUGGGGCCAUAUUCAAUCCAAAAUGGUACUGGGUUUCUGGGGUACAUGAAAAAGAAUAGGGUGCGACCAUGGUGUCUCUCUCUUCUCUGGUAAUGUUCUCUCUCUCUUUCUGGUGAUAGAACAGGGGAAAGUGCUCAAGGUUCUGCACACUAUCGAGGAUGCCUUUAUCAUAUCCCAGUACUCCCUCUUCCACAACGAGGGUCCUGUUCUAAGCAUGGCCAUUGACUCUAAGAAGGUACUGUGAGACCAUCAGCGAACACUCCUUAGCAGCUAGCACUAAUAUCCGUAGAUGAAUUUGUUUACGAUGUAGCUGCAGUCCAAUCCAUUUCAACAAUGCACUUCUAGUGAUAACCACUGUAUGUCUCUUCCUGUCUCUCAUGUAUUACUCCCUGCCUUCUCUACCAGGGCCACCUUUAUGUGGGCACGGCAAUGGAGGUCCAGCGCAUACCAUUGGCUGACUGCGGUCGCUAUGGAGACAGUUGCCGGGAGUGCAUUCUGUCUCGGGAUCCGUAUUGUGGUUGGGACGCAGCCAGGAGGAGGUGCACACCCAUCCCAGCUGGAUACAACAUCAGUACUGGGUAUGAGAUGUGAUGAUGUCACUUCUUGAAUACAGUUUAGAUACCUAUGGAAAACAUGCAGAGUACCAAAAAUGACAGUCAAUACCAGCCAUAACAUAUCAUCUCUCACAGAGGAGUGUCGAGGUUCCAAUUACUAUUCUAGGUUUUAUGAUAAUUGGUUAAUUUACAUAAAAUGGUUGAUAGUUCAAAAUGGUACAUGGUAAUUUGAUGUUCCUUCAAUUAUUUGUUUCAUACCAUAGGGCACUCACUCAGAGUCUGGACCAUUCCAAUGCCUCUAUCUGUGGUGAAGCUGCUGGUGAGUGCCACUCCGCCUCCUCUCUGACUCUCCCUCUGUAUCUUCAUUAGCUGAAAGGAACUUUUUUCCACAGCCUAACUCAGAAGAUGAUAUCAUAUAAUUGAGCGGAGGCUCAAACCCAUUGGGCGGUUUAAUAUCAAAGUUUGCCCUCACUUCAAAGCCCAAUAGCUUCAGCCAUAUUAACCUCUAAUAAUCCUAACAAAUUCUCCCCGCUCAUGGGAUAUGCACUGUCUUUGUUAGCUAUCUCUUUUUUCCAUUACUUCUCUUGGUCGCAGUCUCAGUGCAGCUGUUAUGCAUAUCCCUUGACUGUUUCUGCUCUUCCAUUCCUGGAACAUUGAGAUUUACAGUGGGGAAAAAAAGUAUUUAGUCAGCCACCAAUUGUGCAAGUUCUCCCACUUAAAAAGAUGAGAGAGGCCUGUAAUUUUCAUCAUAGGUAAACGUCAACUAUGACAGACAAAAUGAGGGAAAAAAAUCCAGAAAAUCACAUUGUAGGAUUUUUAAUGAAUUUAUUUGCAAAUUAUGGUGGAAAAUAAGCAUUUGGUCAAUAACAAAAGUUUCUCAAUACUUUGUUAUAUACCCUUUGUUGGCAAUGACACAGGUCAAACGUUUUCUGUAAGUCUUCACAAGGUUUUCACACACUGUUGCUGGUAUUUUGGCCCAUUCCUCCAUGCAGAUCUCCUCUAGAGCAGUGAUGUUUUGGGGCUGUCGCUGGGCAACACGGACUUUCAACUCCCUCCAAAGAUUUUCUAUGGGGUUGAGAUCUGGAGACUGGCUAGGCCACUCCAGGACCUUGAAAUGCUUCUUACGAAGCCACUCCUUCAUUGUCCGGGCGGUGUGUUUGGGAACAUUGUCAUGCUGAAAGACCCAGCCACGUUUCAUCUUCAAUGCCCUUGCUGAUGGAAGGAGGUUUUCACUCAAAAUCUCACGAUACAUGGCCCCAUUCAUUAUUUCCUUUACACGGAUCAGUCGUCCUGGUCCCUUUGCAGAAAAACAGCCCCAAAGCAUGAUGUUUCCACCCCCAUGCUUCACAGUAGGUAUGGUGUUCUUUGGAUACAACUCAGCAUUCUUUGUCCUCCAAACACGACAAGUUGAGUUUUUACCAAAAAGUUCUAUUUUGGUUUCAUCUGACCAUAUGACAUUCUCCCAAUCCUCUUCUGGAUCAUCCAAAUGCACUCUAACAAACUUCAGAUGGGCCUGGACAUGUACUGGCUUAAGCAGGGGGACACGUCUGGCACUGCAGGAUUUGAGUCCCUGGCGGCGUAGUGUGUUACUGAUGGUAGGCUUUGUUACUUUGGUCCCAGCUCUCUGCAGGUCAUUCACUAGGUCCCCCCGUGUGGUUCUGGGAUUUUUGCUCACCGUUCUUGUGAUCAUUUUGACCCCACGGGGUGAGAUCUUUCGUGGAGCCCCAGAUCGAGGGGGAUAAUCAGUGGUCUUGUAUGUCUUCCAGUUCCUAAUAAUUGCUCCCACAGUUGAUUUCUUCAAACCAAGCUGCUUACCUAUUGCAGAUUCAGUCUUCCCAGCCUGGUGCAGGUCUACAAUUUUGUUUCUGGUGUCCUUUGACAGCUCUUUGGUCUUGGCCAUAGUGGAAUUUGGAGUGUGACUGUUUGAGGUUGUGGACAGGUGUCUUUUAUACUGAUAACAAGUUCAAACAGGUGCCAUUAAUACAGGUAACGAGUGGAAGACAGAGGAGCCUCUUAAAGAAGAAGUUACAGGUCUGUGAGAGCCAGAAAUCUUGCUUGUUUGUAGGUGACCAAAUACUUAUUUUCCACCAUAAUUUGCAAAUAAAUUCAUAAAAAAUCCUACAAUGUGAUUUUCUGGAUUUUUUUUCCUCAAUUUGUCUGUCAUAGAUGACGUGUACCUAUGAUGAAAAUUACAGGCCUCUCUCAUCUUUUUAAGUGGGAGAACUUGCACAAUUAGUGGCUGACUAAAUACUUUUUUCCCCCACUGUAAUCCUAGGGAGUGGAGAAUGAAAGAUGAUGCAAUAUCAUAUCUAAAGAUAUUAUAUUUUAAUCUGUCAUUUUAGCAGAUAUUCUUCCAGAGGAAGUAUCAGGCCACAUAAUUAAAUAAAACACUAUUUAAUGUAUCUCUGUGUCAGCUUGUACACGUUAGUCUGGUUUUAGGUUUACUGGGCAUUGAGUCACAAUUGUCCUAGUAACUGACAGGAAAGUUAUCAUUUACAAUAACCUGUAUAUUUUUUCACAAACAUGAGUGUGGCCUCUCACCCACACAUUUCUCACAUAAUGAAGUUGUCCUGCCAAUCCUGUCCUGUCAUUCCCAUUUUGAACUCAUCAAUGAUUGUUACUGUAGAUACAUAAACAAUCCAUACUUAUGAAACCAUAGCCUACUCUCUAGUCUAGGGAGCCCAUAAGUAAGUAUUUAAUUUGGGUGAGAUCAUUGUCAACCAGGUUGUGCCCUCUGAACCCCCACAGCACUGAAGACCCACAGGACAAACCCCAAACAGGUGUUGAUUGACUCGGACGGCCCCGUCAACCUCCCCUGCCCCGUGCGCUCCUUUCACGCCACCUACCGCUGGGAGAAGGACAACUGUAUCCAGCACUACCCCUGCUUCAUCACUGGAGACUCCUGUGUGCUGGCACCCACCCCUGACCUGCCCCUUAAGCAGGGGGUAUUCCGCUGCAUGGCCACGGAGAACGGCUACAAGGUGGAGGUGGUCUCCUACAGGCUGGUGAUCAACAGUGGGCCUCUGCCUGCCUCCCUGGCCUCCACCCUGGGGCCCUCCCUCCUGCUUGCUGCAGCCACCCUCUGGCUCCUGUAACCAUUGCAAAUGCUAAAGCUAACCCCUUAGCCUCUAAGGCCCUCUCUUUGACAGACAGGAGAGGAGGGGCCACCAUACCCAGGUUAGGUUCGCAGAGCAUUGAUAUUAAUGGUUGGGUAAUGCGAUCAGUGUUGCCCACAGAGACUGUUUUCAUAAAAAGUGUUUUAUUUAUUUAUUUUAUUUACAUUGUUCAGAAAAUGCCUGAAAAUAAAUGAAGCCAUUUAUUUUUUAAUGAUAAAUGGGCCUACAAUACUAACUAAUACUGAACUGUUUAAACAAAAACAAUACCUAUAACAAAUUUUAAAUACCUAACAUUUAAACUUCAUUAAUAUAUUAACAUCAAUAUGGGUUGUAUGGAAAGACAAACUAUAUUAUCAUGUCUUAUUCUGAAUUUUAAAUACAGAUUCAAACCACAAGAUGUGCUUUGCGAACCUUGCCUGUUCCACCCAAGAGAUGACAUCUCAUGAGUUGGGUUAAAUACAAUACCAGGCCAAUUUCUCUUUAUGGUUUCUCAACUUAUUUUGAAACAUGAUUGUGCUACCUUGUGAAUAUUUGAAGCUUGAAUACUGCUCUAACAUCCAGACAUCCUGUUGAAAGUCAUAAGUAUAGUCUAGUAUUUAGAAAAUGUCUGGUAUUGAGUGUUUAAAAAAGCCUUAACAAUUCUGGGACAUAUCCCCUAAGCACAAUUUGUAGUGGAAGCAAAACUGCUCAAUUGGGUUGACUUGGCUCUGUGAAUGAGGUGGCCAAGCCUUACUUUGAUGCUGGGAGGAAGUGUCAUCAUUUUGACAAGAAGUCAUCUUUUUGACAGGAAUUAGAUAGAAGAGUGUGAGCUCAUCCUCGAACAUCACUGUGUCUGGGCAAGUCCUCUGCAGUAAAGGCAGUUUUUGCAUCGUUUUAGUGGAUAGUAUCAGACAUUCAUAUUAAGCUACUUCAUUUUCAAUAAACAUACAGUAAGUAAAGUAAACAUCAUUCAGUGGCAGGUGAGGCCAAAUUAGAAAUGAGUAGAUGACAUGUAGAGUUGCAUUUUGUAGCUUGCUAUACAAGAAAACGUUUGUGAUUAUAUGAGUACCGUGUGUUAAGUAUUUUAUUGCUCCGCAAAUGCUGAUUUCCACCAUUGCUGCCUAUGUAUAUGAAAGUUAUUCUUGAUGGUUCAAGGUUUUAUACUGUACGGAAGUCCAGAGAGGAAAAAAUAUUUCCUCGUUAUAUCGAGAUCACAACUUUUUAUCUCAUGAUCACGACAUAGCAAAAGUUGUUUAGUAAAGAUCACGAGACUGUUCUCAUGGUCGCGACAUAGCAAAAGUUGUUUUGUCGAGAUCACGAAAUUAACUCUAUAAAUAGGAGUAGACGCAUUGAUGAUAGAUUGACAGUAUGGCUGAGGCAGUAAAGCCCACGGUGGAUCAACGCAUAUGUUUUUAUUGAUUGCUACGCUAAGGGAUGGUACAUUUCAUGCUAAACAUCAUCCUUUCAUUUGUGUUUGUCGCUCAUUGUCAGUUUAUAAAUUAGAAUGUUAGCAAGCUAAAUGUCCCUUACCUUGAGCUAAGAGCUCUUGGGGCAUCUAAGCCUUUGUGGGGCAUUUGAGCCCUGAAAGAUGCCUGACAGGCAAACCUGUCUCCCAGGCUGAAUGCCACCCCCAAGACCACAGCCAAUCGCAUGCAAGCAACAAUGCAGCUAACUUGGCUAGUCUUGUGAGUGCGCAAGCUAGCUAGCUAGUUAGCUAGGUAGUCUUGUUAGCUAGCUAGCUUGUAUAUAUGCUGGUUGUUAGCUUGCAUAACUGAUAUGUGUAUAAUUGUAAGGGGCACCUCAUGUUUUAUGGAUACUAUUAAAAUGUACAGAGUGGGUGAGCUCAAUUCCUGACAGGCUGAUAAGAUUACAUUUUAUCCUCAGAGCUUGAUCAGAUUCAAUAGCAGUCUCAGAGGCUGAUAAAUAAGGAUUCCACCUUGUAGGUUGUUUCAUAGGUAACUCUCCUUGCAGGCAG